AUGCCGAAACCGCCGGGAGCUCUCAAGCAAGCCUGGUUCAAGUGGAAGGCUCUCCGUCUCCCAUGGCGGAAAAAGUGGCUUGUCGGCGCUGAUCUUUCUGGCAACACCUUCUGGGAGUUCAAAGAUGCCAUCAAUGCCGGUCGCCUGCGCAGAAUUGUUCAUUACAGCACCCAGGGGCAUUAUGCCGAUGUUAAGAUUUCACCACAAUGGCAUCAGUGGUUGCGUCAGGUUCGGCCAGAAGCUCCUACUUUGCAGGAGCAACAGUACGAGGUAUCUCGGCAAGCACAGAUGCGUCAACUCGCUGCUGCAGCGGAUGAAAGGUGGGCUGCUCAAGAGUCUUUCCUGGACGCACCGUCAAAGGCACAGACCGAACCAGCAAUUGGCGUCAAAGACCCUGCCGGCUACAUGCACAAUAAUCAGACCGAACCAACUGAGAACGAAGGUGUGAGAAGUGCGGUAGGUGACGAGGGCGAAGUCGAGGCUUCAACAGAGGGUAGAACCAAGGACGACGGCAGAUUCAAAGGCAGAAGCAAGGACAAGGAGGCAAAUCCCUGGAAGCAAGCACCAAAGGGCAACCCUGGAGACGACUGGCAACCACAGAGCUGGAGUCCUGGUGUCAGCCGUAGAUGA